AUGACGUCAAAAAAUGUGCGAAGAUUGAUGCGAAAUGAUUACGAUCAAAUUGUGUCGACGAUAUCCGAAGAUGACACUGAAGAUCAGCCGAAACAUCAGGCAAAAGAUCAGGGAUCAAAGUCGAAAUCACAAGAUCCACCAAAAAAUUCGAAAAAUGACACAAAAACCACCAAAAGUGGCUCGAAAGAGAGCGAAAAAUUGAAGAAAAAGCCUAGUCGAGUGGAUAUUGCGAUGGUAAGGGCUGAUUCAGGCUUUUUAGGCCCGAUUCAGGCUUCCUAAUCACAUAAGCCUAUUCCAGGAAAAAGAAGUGAUCACUCAUCCAACAUACAGCUCAAAAUUCGAAGGAUUAAUGGCUCUGCUCUCAUUUGUGAUUUGUUCGAGCAAUUUUUGGCUUUUUCCGUUUUACUGUGUGGUUAAUGGAGGUACGGAGUUAGACUAAAUCACUAUUUUCACGGUGUUCAGCGCAAAAAACUGGCCUAGAAGCUUAAAAACUAGAAAAAACGAAACUUUUUCAAAAAAAAAAAACAAAAAAUAAAAAAAAACAACGACACUCCGCAAUGACGGGCCGUGUAGUUCUCCCGGACAAGCGUCAUUUUUUUGUUUUUUUUUCAGUUUUCAAGCUCCUAGGGGUUAUUUUUGAUGAUUUUCACAGUUUUUAGGCUCAUUUUGAUCGCCAAAAUGUGAAUUUUCGGAUUUUCAAUACCAAAAAUCAUGUUUCAGGCUGGUUCCCGAUCCAAUUCACAAUAUGUUUCCUAAUAAUCUCCGUUCCGCUAUUAUACAUGGAAAUCAGUUUGGGACAAUACGCUUCGGCCUCUCCGCUCUUCACAUUUUCACAAAUGGUUCCCGCAAUGGCCGGUUUAUCGGCCGGAAUGACGUAUUUACUGGUUUUUCGCAUGAUUUUGCAGGCUAUUUGGACGUCGUGUGAUUUGAGUGUUUGGUGCGUCAAAAAUGCGAUUUUUUGCUCAAUUAAGAGCUCUCUGAGCUUAAUUUUGAUGAAUUUCAAGGAUUUGGAAGUAAAAUUGGGCUCUGGAGCCAACUUUUGGCUCAUUUUCGAGCUCUGAAGCUUCGAGAUCUCAAUUUUCAUGAAUUUUUAAAUUUUAGAACUCCUAGAUCUCAAUUUUGAUGAAUUUCAAGGAUUUUGAAGUAAAAAUGGUCCCUGGAGCCAAAUUUUGGCUCAUUUUUCCAGCCUCAGAGCUCCCAGAGCUCAAUUUUGACCAAUUUUUCAAUUUCAGAGCUCUCUGAGCUUAAUUUUGAUGAAUUUCAUGGUUUCUAGAGUCCCAGAGUCAAAUUUUAGCUCAUUUUCGAGCUCCAAAGCUCCCAGAGCUCAAUUUUGGCUCAUUUUUCAAUUAUAGAGCUCUUUGAGCCAAAUUUAUGCUCAUUUUUGAGCUCUAAUGCUUCCAGAGCUCAAUUUUGAUGAAUUUCAAGGAUUUUGAAGUAAAAAUGGUCCCUUGAGCCAAAUGUUGGCUCAUUUUCCAGCCUCAGAGCUCCCAGAGCUCAAUUUUGACCAAUUUUUCAAUUUCAGAGCUCUCUGAGCUUAAUUUUGAUGAAUUUUAGGCAUUUUGAAGUAAAAAUGGUCCCUUGAGCCAAAUUUUGGCUCAUUUUUCAAUUUUAGAGCUCCCGGAGUCAAAUUUUGAUGAAUUUCAGGGUUUCUAGGGUCCCAGAGCCAAAUUUUGGCUCAUUUUCUAGCUCCAAAGCUCCCGGAGCUCAAUUUUGAUGAAUUUCAGGUUUUCCCGGGUAAAAUUGAGCUCAGGAGCCAAAUUUUGGCUCAUUUUCGAGCUCUAAAGCUUCCAGAGCUCAAUUUUGACCAAUUUUGGCUCAUUUUCUAGCUCCAAAGCUCCUGGAGCUCAAUUUUGAUGAAUUUCAGGUUUUCCCGGGUAAAAUUGAGCUCUGGAGUUAAAUUUCGGCUCAUUUUUGAGCUCCAAAGCUCCCAGAGCUCAAUUUUGAUGAAUUUUUCAAUUUCAAAGCUCUCGGAGCUCAAAAAUCCCCCAAUUUCCAGGUUCAUAAUCGUCUAUCAAUCAAUAACGCGCGAAAUUCCCGAAUGGACAACUUGCCUCACAGAAAAUUGUAUGAAUUAUCGAUUGGCCGAAAAUUGCACGUGGAUCGAAUACGGUAGCUCCAAACAAUGCGAUCGAUAUCAGAAUUAUAUUUUGAGGAAUCGUGCCAGACAGCUGAAAAUUUUUCCGUUUUUGAAUUUUUUGAGAACUUGGUUGUUUGAUGUGAGUUAUUUGGAGCAUUUUGAGCCUAAAUAAGCCUGGAAUUAGCCUUGAAAAAGGCCUGGAUAAGAUCAGAUUCCGGGCUUUGAAAAAUGGAGCAUUUUGAGCCUAGAUAAGCCUAGCUUCAGACCUGAAAUCUAGGCUUAUCUAGGCUUGAAAAGUAGGCUUUUUUUGAGCCUAGAUAAGCCUGGUUUCAGUCCCUAAAUCUAGGCUUGUCUAGGCUAGAAAAAUGGAGUAUUUUGAGUCUAAAUGAGCCUGGUUUCAAGCCUGGAAUAUGGGCUUAUUCGGGCUUGAAAUUUGGAGCAUUUUGAGCCCGGAUAAGCCUAGUUUCAGGCCUUAAAUCUAGGCUUAUCUAGGCUUGAAAAAUUUGAGCAUUUUGAGCCUAGAUAAGCCUAGUUUCAGGCCCUAAAUCUAGGCUUAUCUGGGCUUGAAAAAUGGAGCAUUUUGAGCCUAGAUAAGCCUAUUUUCCUAGUUGAAAGCCUGAAAUCUGAAGAGCCUAAAUAAGCCUAGUUUCAGGCCCUAAAUCUAGGCUUAUUUGGGCUCAAAAUGCUCCAAAUUUCAAAUCCCGAAAUCUAGGCUUAUCCAGGCUUCCGGAUUUUCCAGGCCCCUCCCAAAUUUGAGCCCAAAACCCCCACCAUUUCCAGACCGAGCCGCUCUUCUCCCACUGGUCUUUUCCCUCUCUGCACGUCUGCCUCGCCGCUCUCGUCGUCUGGACUCUCGUCACCCUCUUAUCCAUCGGUGGCUAUAGAGCACUGAGUAAAUCUGGUUGUCUGAUUCUCGUCAUCCUCUUCAUCUCUCACACUCUCCUCUUCUCCUACAGUCUUUUCUCAUUCUCCAAUUUUUGGCCAAGUUUUCGCGCGCUUUUUGGCGGAGCACAAAAGACGGGCGGCUCAUUUAUGCGAUGGAUUUGGUCGUGGGCGGAUGCGGCGACUUGUGCUCUUCGAGCUGUAAAUGUUGGAUGUGGCGGUGUGCAGAAGUUUGCGAGUUUGAAUCGAUUUAGUCAGAAGAUCAAGUAUCAGGUGCUGAUUGUGUCAGGUGAGCCUUUUUCGGGCCGAAAUUUGGGAUUUUUUGAGCCCGGAUAAGCCUAGGCCCGAAAUUUGCAAUUUUUUGAGCCCGGAUAAGCCUAGGCCUGAAAUUUGCAAUUUUUUGAGCCCGGAUAAGCCUAGGCCUGAAAUUUGCGAUUUUUUGAGCCCCCAUAGGCCUGGACUUGAUCUGAGCAAUUAUCUAGUUUCUAGCAUUGCUCAUGUCAAAUUGCAGUUUGAUCUGAGCAAUUCUAGACUGUUUUUGAGCAUUGCUCAUGUUAAUUAGUAGCCUAACAAACCAGAAAAACAAGUUUGGAAAGCCUAGGAAGCCUGAAACUAGGCCUAAAAAAUUUUCAGGCUUAACAUGAGCAAUCCUGAUAGAUUUUCUAAUAUUGAUCAUGUUAAAUUGGAGUUUAAUCUGAGCAAUCCUAAAUAAUUGUCUAGUAUUGCUCAUAUUAAAACUCAAAAAAGGUUAAUAUGAGCAAUGCUUGAAAUUAAUCUAGCAUUGCUCAUGUUAAACUCGGUUUUCUCGAUUCUAAAUGAGUUUAACAUGAGCAAUCCUGAUAGAUAUUUAGCAUUGCUCAGGUUAAAAUUCAACUGACGGGGUUCCUUUAACAAGAACAAUUAGUUUAACAUGAGCAAUCCUCAAAAAUUUCCCAGUAUUGCUCAUGUUAUUCUAUUCAAAAUGAGCAAUUUCCAAAGGCCUAAAAGCUUAGAUUUAGGGCCUGAAACUAGGCUUAUUCGGUCUCAAAAUGCUCCGAAUUUUCAGGCCUAAAUCCAGGCUUAUUUGGGCUCAAAAUGCUUCAUUUUUCUUCCAGCUUUUGCCUAUCUCACCUACAUCACAAUCGCAAUCUACUCGUUCAUGUAUUUAGCCGAACUCGGUCGCUAUUAUUAUCCGGAUGUUAGUGUAGAGGAACGAAUCAACAUUUUCAAAUCGCCUGGAACUUUGUUCUCGGGAAUUUCCGAAGUUUUGACAAAUGCGACCGGUUCGAUGUUUUGGCUCACGGCACUUUGGAUUGCGAUGCCGUUGAUGGGAGUUCAGGGAAUUGCCGCCUAUUUGUGGGUGGGUCAUGUUUUUUUGGGCCCGAAAUUCGGGAUUUUUUGAGCCUAGAUACGUCUAGGCCCAAAAUUUGCGAUUUCUUAAGCCUAAUAUGAGCAAUGCUCAAAAAUUCAGGAUUGCUCAGGUCAAGUAAAGUGUAAUCUGAGCAAUACCAAGAAUUUUCGGAUUGCUCAUGUUAAACAAAACCUAAGAUGAGGAAUACUUUAAUAUUUUUGCGAAUUGCUCAUGUUAAACUGGCUCAGAAGCCAAAAAUUGAUGAAAAAUUCAGGAUUGCUCAUGUUUAAAAAAAAAGUAUAAUAUGAGCAAUACCAUGAAUUAUCUGAUUGCUUAUGUUAAAAAAUUAACCUAGAAUCAAAAAUUACAAUUUAACAUGAGCAAUACCAUGAAUUUUCGGAUUGCUCAUGUUAAACUAACCCAGAAGCCAGAAAUUCGAGUUUAACAUGAGCAAUGCUGAAAAAUUUAGGAUUGCUCAUGUCAAAGAACCUAGUCAUUCUAACAUGAGCAAUGGUCAAUUUUCACGUAAAAAGCUCAAAUUUCCGCGCCAAAACUGAUUUUGGGUCAAAAAUUCAGGUAUUGCUCAUGUUAAGCCAAUUUUCCCACUUAAAGGAACAUCCCCCAACGGGUUUUAAUAUGAGCAAUGCUCAAUUUUAGGUUGUAUUGCUCAUGUUAGCCAUCUUCAGAGUCCCGAUUGCUCAUAUUAAAGAAAAUGGGCAUUUUAACAUAAGCAAUGGUCAAUUUUCACGAUUUUUGGUCAAAAAUGUACAAAUUUCACAAUUUUUCAUGUGAAAACCCUCAAAUUUUUACGGAAAAAACUGAUUUUUGUCGAAAAUUCGGCAAUUUUUUUUGUAAAAUUUCCAAAUUUCCCAAAUUUUCAGAUCAUAACAUCGCUAGUCAUCGAAAAAAUCAACGCUCGAAAUCGUGCCGUUCAAAAAACCGACAAUAAAAUGGAAACACCGUGCUCUUAUCGUUCUCUGCAUCUCUGCACUCUCCUUUCUCUCCACACUCCCUCUUCUGGUCAAAUCCGCCGUGAUUACUGUAGUCUCUAUCGAAUCCUACGCGGCCUACGGUACACUUUUCAUUGCGUUUUUCGAAAUUUGCACAGUCUCCUAUUUUUAUGGCUUCAAGAGAUUUGUUGUCAAUAUUCGAACGAUGGAAAUGGGCGGAAAAUCGAUAUUUAA